CGCGGGCCCCCCCCCCCACCGGCGCCUUGUGGCCCGGCCACCUCGGAACUGGCUGCCCCUGGCCCCUGCGCGCGUGCACCGGACCCCAGGCCGCCCUACUCCGCGCGGGCAGACCACCAUGAAGAUCAAAGAUGCCAAGAAACCCUCUUUCCCCUGGUUCGGCAUGGACAUCGGGGGGACCUUAGUGAAGCUCUCGUACUUCGAGCCCAUCGACAUCACGGCCGAGGAGGAACAAGAGGAAGUCGAAAGCCUGAAGAGCAUCCGCAAGUACUUGACGUCCAACGUGGCCUACGGGUCCACGGGCAUUCGGGACGUGCACCUGGAACUCAAGGACCUGACCCUCUUUGGCCGCCGAGGGAACUUGCACUUUAUCCGCUUCCCCACCCAGGACCUGCCCACCUUCAUCCAGAUGGGGCGCGACAAGAACUUCUCGACCUUACAAACGGUGCUCUGCGCCACGGGGGGCGGCGCGUACAAGUUCGAGAAGGAUUUCCGCACGAUCGGAAACCUCCACCUGCACAAACUGGACGAACUUGACUGCCUGGUCACGGGCCUCUUGUACAUAGACUCUGUCAGCUUCAACGGCCAGGCCGAGUGCUAUUACUUCGCCAACGCCUCAGAGCCCGAGCGCUGCCAAAAGAUGCCUUUCACCCUGGACGACCCCUACCCGCUGCUGGUGGUGAACAUCGGCUCGGGAGUCAGUAUUCUCGCCGUGCAUUCCAAAGACAACUACAAACGUGUCACCGGGACCAGCCUGGGUGGCGGUACCUUCCUGGGUUUAUGCAGUUUAUUGACUGGCUGUGAAAGUUUUGAAGAGGCGCUUGAAAUGGCAUCCAAAGGGGACAGCACGCAGGCGGACAAGCUGGUCCGGGAUAUCUACGGGGGAGAUUAUGAGCGAUUCGGGCUGCCGGGCUGGGCCGUUGCAUCCAGUUUUGGAAAUAUGAUUUAUAAGGAGAAGCGAGAAACUGUCAGUAAAGAAGAUCUCGCAAGAGCUACUUUAGUUACUAUCACCAAUAACAUCGGCUCUGUGGCACGGAUGUGCGCUGUUAACGAGAAAAUAAACAGAGUUGUCUUCGUGGGGAACUUCUUACGGGUCAACACGCUCUCCAUGAAACUUCUGGCCUACGCACUGGAUUACUGGUCAAAAGGCCAGCUCAAAGCCCUGUUUCUGGAGCAUGAGGGCUACUUUGGAGCAGUGGGUGCCCUUCUCGGACUGCCGAAUUUCAGCUGAAGCAUCCGACUUCUGCUGCUAGAUCCGGCUCAAGAGGAAGUGACAGCCAGGGGCGUCACAACCGCAUUAUUUGUCACUGGGAACCAAAGGAUUAAAAACAAAAAAAGAGUGAUUGAUUUUUUACAAUGUCCGAAUGGUAAGCUGCUAACCCGCCAUGCUCGGAGAGAGCACUGUACCGUGGAGUCUCUCUGCCCGAGAUGCUUCCCCCGAGGCGUGCGUGCGCUCAGAGCCGAACCCCUUCGAUGCAAUACGGCCUCUGAUGGCGCAGUUUCCUCUCCGGAAGGUUUUCUAUGUAUUUCCCGUAGCCAGCAUUUCAGUACUGUACGCUAAACAAAUCUUCUAAGAGUCUUUUUUUAAGUUCAUGAGAACGAUUGAUUUCUGAGUAUUUGUCCCACGUCUGUUCUCCGUGAGUAACGGUCACUCAGGAACAGAUGGUAUCCCGCCCCGAGGAAAGCUUCAUGAAAAUGGCAAUCAAACAAAGAUGAUCGUGUUUAUGUGAUUUUUUUUUUUUAGAAGCGUGAAGGCAAUAUUACUAUUAUAGCUUUCCUCUCACCUCGCCAAGAGCACGUGUAUGUGAUCUUUUCUCACUCUUUUAAGUGUGCAACUUUUCCGAAAGGCCACGGUUCCUUCACACGACGUUAAGUAUCCUAAUUGAAAAUGGAAUUCUAGGGGCUGGAGCAAUAGCACAGCGGGUAGGGCGUUUGCCUUGCACGCGGCUGACCCGGGUUCAAUUCCCAGCAUCCCAUAUGGUCCCCUGAGCACCGCCGGGGGUAAUUCCUGAGUCCAGAGCCAGGAGUAACCCCUGUGCAUCGCCGGGUGUGACCCAAAAAGCAAAAAAAAUAAAAUAAAAUGGAAUUCUAGAAAAUACACACAUGUGGAAACAUUGCACUUUCCAGAGAGAGAGAAUGCAUUGUGAGAUUUUUUUUUUUAAAAAAAAAACAAUUUUGGCUUAUUUAAAAGUCCACUCAAUGAGAUGCUUAGAUUAUUCUCUCCCCCCCAGUCCCUUCCUGGUUCUGAGGGUUGAACCCAGAGCCUUGAGCAUCCAAGGCAGGUGCUCUGCGCCGAGCCAGACCCUCAGCCCUUAGGAAGCAUAUUCUACUAGAAUAUGGUCCUGAGUGCAUCGGGAGGGUCCCGGGUUCUUUCUCUGCCAUAUUUAACUCAGGCCCAAACUUAAGUUAUUUCUCUUCAGUUAGGCCAAGCCUGUUCAGACUACAGAUGUUAUUGUAUUAUGGAGAAAAAAAAAUCACAUUUAUCAUAGACAUGUUAUGGAUAUCCCAAAGAUGAUGUGCUGUGACAUUCUGUGAGCCUGAGGCAAUAUUGAAGAACCUCACAAGGGUCAUUGUUCACUACAUUCCGGUUGUAAAACCAGAGAGUUCCAGAAUGCCUCCAUCUUGGGUCAUGGAACCGUUUGAGAAGCUGGGGCCAGAGCGAUCGCACAGCGGGGAGGGCACUUUGCACGCGGCCGACUUGAGUUCGAUCCCCAGCAUCCCAUAGGGUGUGCCAGGAGGGAUUCCUGAGUGUAGAGCCAGGAAGAACCCCUGAGCAUCACCGAGUGUGACCCAAAAAGCCAAAAAAAAAAGUUAUUAAAAUGUCCUACACUUUUCUAAGUUUUACAUUGGCAGUCGUAUAUUGGAGGCCCAACAAUUCAGCCAGAUUAUUCAAGGCGUAUUGUUUGGGGAAUAAAAAGGCUUGAGAAGCAAUUUGUCUCUUUAAAAAAUCUCACAAAAACUGGAUCUGCUUCCCAACUGUUUACAAUCGAGGAGGAAAGAAGUAUUAGAGAAACGUGUCUACAGAACACAGCCCCGCUCAGCCAGGGGCAACUUCCUGUUGCUUAUCCGAGGUGCUCCAUAUAGACUUUUCUCCUUGAACUCAAAUUCUGUGCUCAGAUACUUAGUUUUAUCUAAAGACAUGGACAUAUGAAUUUAGCUGAAAGAGUACAGGAGCGGGGGCUUGAGUUCUGGACUGUCACUUUAUUGGAGGGGAAAAAAAAUUACCAAGACCAGGCUUUUACGUUCAUGUUUUCAUUGUCGUUGCUUGGUAUAUUAGCCAAAAGCCAUACGCUCAAUUCAUUUGAAAUUUGUUUAGCUGGGCAUCUGUGCAGCGAUUAUUUUUGAAUAGUCGUAAUUUCCAAUUGUGUGUCCUUGACAAGUUGUACUGUAACAGAGGUUUAGAGCUGCCAUUUUAAGAGAAUGACCAGAUGACCUGUGCUAUUUUGUGCUCGUUGGGAACUAAAAUUCAUACUGUUCUCCUUGGAGGCGGAAGUGAACAACCGUCUCACUACGGUUAGUGCUUUUCUCGUGUAUAAUCUAAAAUUACUGGAGUGGGCUGGAGCACUGCAGGUAGGACGUUUGCCUU